AUGAAAAUGCUGUGGAAUUCAGGUGCCGAUGAGUCAGAGCAGGUUCUGUUGGACAAGCUGUUUGCCAAAUACAACCUUAAGGUCCGGCCAGCACCCAGCCAUACCGAGAGGGUGGUGGUUCGUGUGGGUAUGAUCCUCUCCUCAUUCAUUGGACUGAAUAUGAAAAAAGAAGAAAUGACCACAGUUGUGGUCAUGAACAUGGAAUGGACAGAUCAACGGUUGUCAUGGAAGCCAAAGGAGCAUGAUGGAAUUACGGUGCUGCGUAUCCCCUCUGCGAAGGUUUGGCUGCCGGACAUUGUCCUUAUCAAUAAUAGCGACGGGGAGUUUAAUGUGGCCCUGCAAGUCCAUGUUCAGGUUUAUAAUAAUGGAAGAGUAACCUGGACUCCCCCGGCACUGUAUCGCAGCUCUUGCGGAGUUAAGGUAGCAUAUUUCCCAUUUGACUGGCAGAACUGCACUAUGCAGUUCCGCUCUUACACUUAUGACUCAACAGAGAUCGACCUGCAGUAUGCACGAGACUCAAGAGGCAAGGAGAUACGGGAGAUCCAACUCGACGAGGCUUUCAGUGAGAGUGGAGAGUGGUACAUCAGACACAAGCCGAGCAAAAAGAACGUAAAUGACGAACAGUAUGAGGACAUGACCUUCUACCUGAUCAUCGAAAGGAAGCCUCUGUACUAUGUCCUGAACAUCAUCAUCCCUUGCAUUCUCAUCACUAUCAUCGCCAUCUUUAACUUCUACCUGCCUCCUGAUGCAGGUGAGAAGAUGGGCUUGUCCAUCAACGUACUGCUGACCCUCACCGUGUUCCUGCUGCUACUGGCUGAUAAGAUCCCUGAGACGUCACUGGGCGUCCCCAUCAUUGUCAACUACAUCAUGUUCACCAUGAUCCUGGUCACAUUCUCUGUCAUCCUCGGUGUGGUCGUCCUCAACCUGCACCACCGAUCCCCCAACACCCACCAGAUGCCCUUGUGGGUACGCAAGAUCUUUAUCCACAUGCUGCCCACUUACCUCGGCAUGCUACGGCCAAAAGUGGAGGACCCCCUCCCCCUGGAGACCAUGCCCCGCCGAGAGAAGAAGGUCACCAUCAGCAAAGUGGCUGAUGAAUACUUCAUUCGCAAACCAGACUCCUCCAUCUUGUUCCCCAAGCCCAACAGGUUUCAUCCAGAGGGCAUGUGUACAGACCUGAGAAAAUUUAUUGACGGCCCCAGCAGCUACCUUACGCUACCUGAUGAGCUAAAGUCGGCCAUAGAGGCCAUCAUAUACAUCGCUGAGGCUCUGCAGUCCGAGAAGGACUAUGAAGCUUUGAAGGAGGACUGGCAGUAUGUGGCCAUGGUGGUGGACCGUAUGUUUCUCUGGCUCUUCGUCAUCAUUACCACUGUGGGCACCUUGGCUAUCUUUGUAGAUGCCAGUUUCAACCAUACACCCACUGACCCUUUCAAAGCCUCCUGAAACGCUGGAACAUUUGGCUUUCUUGAACUACUCCUGACCGUUAAGAAAAGGGGGAAUAAGAAAUCACUGCAUUAAACUGCCAUAUGAUUUUCACAGUGUAGCUCACUGUAAGUCAUUAGUGCUGACAAUUCAGAGGCACCACAGGCAACGUGUCCACCACACCUUGUGUUUUCCACUGCACUGUAGUUGUAUGCUCCCUACCCUUAAAGGAAGGCAUGUUGUUUAACCAACUAAGUUGACAAGAUCUGUACAGUUGUAGGGUGUCAAAAAUUUUCUCUGCAAUA